GCUUUGUUGCUUGCAAAUUUCUUUUAGGCGAGAAUCAGCAGCCAUCGUAGCAGGAGUAGUUUAAUAGCGAGCCCACAAAUUUUGUAGAAAAAAAAAACAAAAUGUUGAAGCAAGUAACCAAACAGUUGGCUAUCCAAUCCGUGAGGGGUUUUUCCACCACAAAGCAGAACAACUUCAAGGUCACCGUAUGCGGUGCCUCUGGAGGUAUUGGACAGCCACUUUCGCUGUUAUUGAAGAACAACCCAUUGGUUACAAAUUUGGCGCUGUAUGAUAUCGUACACACUCCCGGUGUGGCUGCCGAUUUGUCGCACAUUGACACCCAGAGCACAACUGAAGGUCACAUGGGACCAGACCAAUUGGGCAAAGCACUAAAGAAUGCUGAUGUCGUUGUGAUACCUGCUGGUGUACCACGCAAGCCUGGUAUGACCCGUGAUGAUCUGUUCAACGUGAAUGCCGGUAUUAUACGCGAUAUUGCUAAUGAAAUUUCCAAGAGCUGCCCCAAGGCGCUUGUGGCCAUCAUCACCAACCCAGUUAAUACUUGCGUUCCGAUUGCUGCUGAAAUUCUGAAGAAGGCUGGCGUCUAUGAUCCCAAACGUUUGUUUGGUGUCUCCACUUUGGAUGUAGUGCGUGCACGUGCCUUCAUUGGUGCCGCUUUGGGUGUUAACCCCCAGCAAGUAGACAUCCCCGUUAUCGGUGGACAUUCCGGUGUUACAAUUUUGCCCAUCCUUUCGCAAUGUCAGCCCGCAUUCAAGGGUGAUCAGGCCACCAUUGAAAAAUUGACCGUACGCAUUCAGGAGGCCGGCACUGAGGUGGUGAAAGCCAAGGCUGGAGCUGGUUCGGCUACUCUGUCCAUGGCAUACGCUGGUGCACGCUUCGCCGGCUCAUUGCUGAAAGGUUUGAAUGGUGAGAAGGGUGUUGUGGAGUGUUCGUACGUGCAAUCCGAUAUCACCGAAGCGACCUUCUUCUCUACCCCACUUAUUUUGGGAAAGAGUGGUCAACAGGAAAAUUUGGGUCUACCCAAAUUGAAUGAUUUCGAGAAGAAGUUGUUGGCAGCUGCACUGCCUGAGCUGAAGAAGAACAUCCAGAAAGGUAUUGAAUUUGCCAAUGCCUAAGAAAAAUUGCAGCCACAAAACUUAGCUAUUACUAAUAGACAUACACGUGUACUCUGCCAACUCAAACAUCCCCACAAAUAAACAUCAAAGAAAAUAAGAGCA